AAAGUUUCAUUUUGGAAAUGCUGAACAAGUUUUGAGAAUUUUCCUAAUUUUAGCGAAAAUGCGUAAAUUAAAACUGCGAUUAAAACAGAAGCGCCGAUUUUGGGUUCGGAAAUUGUACUUAGAGCGACACAAAUAUGGAUUGUUUGAAAGUUCAUUAAGAAACUUGGCUGCAGAUGAGGAGCAGUUUAACAAGACAUUAAGAAUGCCCUUUUCGUUAUUUAAUGUGCUGCACGAAUUUCUGGAGGCUUCGCUGACCAAAUAUUCAAUCAGAACACCAAUAUCGAGUCGCUGCAGACUAUUUAUAACCCUGAUAUAUUUGGCUCACGGUGGCACUCGGCAAUUCCACACAAUAGUUCACAGGAUCGGCCUGACGACUUUCAGGAAGAUUACGUUGGAGACAUGUAUGACCAUAUGGGAUCUGUUAGCUGACCUGUAUGUGGCGACCCCGUCAGAAACGGAAUGGGGACGUAUUUCCAAUGAGUUCAAGUCGCUGUGGAAUAUGCCCAACUGCGUUGGUUCCAUCGACGGAAAGCACAUUAAUAUUACCUGUCCAGCGAAUUCAGGGUCGAUGUACUAUAAUUACAAAGGCAAUUAUAGUAUCGUGCUUUUGGCCGUAUGUGAUGCCAAUUAUACCUUUACCUGCGUUGACAUCGGAGCAUAUGGAAGUCAAAGCGAUGGCGGUGUCUACCACUUUUCAAAACUGGCAGAUGCUAUUGAAAAUGAUAGGCUCGGCCUUCCACAUGAUCAGCCUCUGCCAGGAGAAACCGAGCCAUUUCCACAUUAUUUAGUAGGAGAUGCUGCUUUUCCCUUACGGCGUUAUUUAAUGCGACCAUAUCCGGGUAGAGGUAUUCCAGAAGAGCAAGAGUAUUUCAAUAAAAGACUCUCUCGUGCAAGAAGAGUUAUAGAAAACGCAUUUGGAAUACUCACUGCCAAAUGGAGAAUAUUGAGAACGACGCUAUGCAUGGCCCCGAAAAAUGCAGAACAAAUAGUGAAAGCUUGUAUUGUCUUGCAUAAUUUUAUUAAGCUUUCGUGUGCAAACUAUGUAGCAAGCGAUUUUGUUGAUCGCUACGAAGAGGAUGCCACCAUCGCUGGCUCAUGGCGAAACGAAGUAGUUCCAUUGCCCUCAAUAAGUAGGGUGUCAUCGAACCGAGGCAGUUCAAAUAAUUAUGAUUUAAGGGAUACUCUGAAGACACAUCUUUUUAACAAUAAAAUUUAAAUAAU